AUGCCUCGAGUUGUGCACCAAAUCAUGGAUGACGCAUGGAUCCCCACCUCGACGCCCCCUUCUCCCGAUGUCAAGUCGCGACCAAGGGAGCCAUAUCCGAUACCCAGCAGCAACCCGGCCAGCCAGUAUACACUGCUAGAAAAGCUUGGCACCGGGAGCUUUGGCACGGUCUACAAGGCCAUGCACAACGAUACCAAGCAGAUUGUCGCCAUAAAGCAGAUCGAUCUGGAAGAUUCGGACGACGAUAUUAUUGAGAUCCAGCAGGAGAUUGCCAACCUUGCGCAGCAUGAGUCGGAAUUCGUGACACGGUACUAUGGCUCGUUCGUCGUCGCCUACAAGCUCUGGAUCGUCAUGGAGUAUCUUGCAGGUGGCUCUUGUCUCGACCUUCUCAAACCCGGCGUAUUUUCCGAGGCACAUAUUGCUGUCAUCUGCCGUGAACUGCUCCUAGGUCUCGACUACCUUCACGGUGAAGGCACAAUUCAUCGCGACAUCAAAGCUGCGAACGUCCUCCUCUCUGCCUCGGGCAAAGUGAAGCUCGCCGACUUUGGUGUGGCCGCACAAUUGACGAGCACACUGAGACAUACGUUUGUCGGGACACCCUUUUGGAUGGCUCCGGAGGUCAUCCGGCAAGCGGGGUACGAUGCAAAGGCGGAUAUGUGGAGUCUGGGCAUCACGGCGAUCGAGAUGGCGAAGGGCGAGCCUCCACUGGCGGAAUACCAUCCCAUGCGGGUGCUAUUUCUGAUCCCGAAAGCAAAGCCUCCGGUGUUAGAAGGCCCAUUCUCACUCGCCUUCAAAGAUUUUGUCGCGCAAUGCCUCACGAAGGACCCAAAUAGCCGGCCUACGGCGAAGGAACUUCUCCAGCAUCGGUUUAUCCGAAGUGCGCGCAAGACGUCCUACCUCACCGAGUUGACCGAGCGGUACCAAGAUUACCGCACGCAGUCGCCGCACCGCGCGCCUCAGAUGUACCAACAGUCAAUGCGAAACAGUGUAGCCUCUUGGGACGGAACGCUGCGGAGCGAUUGGAAUUUCGAGACGAUCCGGUCGACCGCGGCGAUGGGUACGAUUCGAGGGAUGGCAAAGGACCUCAUGCCGCCAGGAAUGGUCCCCGAGGAUGACGCCGAUGAGGGAUCCGCAUAUGAUGGAAUGGAGGACAGGGACUCACUUGACACCAGCGCUGCGGCGAAAGGCAGCGACAUGACGAAUGGAGUUGGAAUCGGGAUGAAUGCGGGCGCUGCGCACUCGACGAUCGCAAUACGGACAGCGUCAGCGGCCCCCGCGCUCGACAUGCCCGCGCUCGAGGCCGACACCUCGUCAGAGGAGGCGGUGGUCGCGACCCCCGCGACCCCUCCUCAAUCCGACCCGCUCGGCGCGCCGCCGGCCUAUGUGCGGACGCCCCGGCGCGCAUCGUAUGCAGCGCGGAACUCGGUGGGUGGGACAGUGGUGCGGGAAGCGGACAUUGGGACAGGAGUGGACACGAUUCGGCCGGUGAAGAAAGUCGACACGGCGGGGUCGCUCCGGCUAUCUGCGGACUAUGUGGGGAGCAUCCGAAAGGAGAGCAGCGUCGAUGGAUCGGCGCCGAACUCGCCGGUGAAGGACAAGUCGCUGCACAAGCGCGCUGCGAGCGAGGCGGCCAAGGCAGGCAGGUCGAUCGUGGAUGACGUCGUGCUGCCCACACUGCAGAAGGCUAUCACUGAUGACAUGGAUGCACGGGAAAUCGAAUCCCUGAGCAUGCUCUCGCGUGGGUUCGAGGAGCUGAGAGAGGUCAACCCAGAGCUGGCAUACAGCGUCAUCCUCGACAUCCUUGCGGGCCUCAACGAAAAUCAAGGCGUGCGACAGCAUAUACAGACCUCGCGCGAACUCUUCCCGCACAGGCGUGUCACACGCAAGAGCGAGAUGACGAGCAAGGGCCUCAUCGUUACCGAGACGCUCGAGGAGGUGGCCGGGCCGUCGGAAGCGGACGCUGCAGACAAGGCGGAGCCGAGCUCGCCGACAAAACGGUCACCCAUCGCCGAGCUGCUCUACAUGCGCUGGCUCGAGGGCCUGAAGAUCAAGUGGCCCAGUCUACUGUGAUCUCACGCAUCUGCGCGUCCCCGUAAUAUCCGGUCUUGGAGUGCCUUGCAAUAUGGAGGUGACGAGUCCUCCAAUGGCUUCGGCCAUGUACGGACGCGAUCUAUGUUAGAAAUACUUGUUGCCGAUCUGUAACAGUUGAGCUCAUGCUGGAGCUACGCCCGACCCUGCCUUCUGCCGCCCUUCCCUAUACACGCUCUCCGAGCAUACCCAGACAGGGUGCUUCACCUCCCCCUGUCAUCUGACCCACUUCACCCUCAUUGGCCUCACUGGCUCGAUGAUCAUUCUUGGACUAUGAUUGACACUAUCCCUUCCCGCACCUAAUACCCCCCUCCCCCUACGCCCGCCUCCGCCCUUCCAUCCAUCCCCGUAUAUCCGUUCGCACUUCAUCAGUCCCGACCCCCUCGCACCUGUCUCUUUGACCUAUAUUCGAACGUUCGUUGUUGCACUUGUUUUUUUGUGUGUGUUCCUCUUGCUGGUGUAUGUGGUCCUUACGUUCUCACGAUCUCCUACUUCUACUUCACGAUGGCUCACCCCACCGCGGGUACGCGCGCGACCGCGCUGUGUUUUUACGCGACAUAAAUGCUCACACACAUGAUGCACUACAGCGAAUGAUGGCAGUACGUGGUGUUCUCUG